UGAAACUGAGGAAACAUGGCUCCUUCAUUUGGGGAGGCAGAGGUGGGGACCCCACAGUGGACUCUGCAUCCUCUGGUCUGAAGCCUGAUGCUACUGACAUAACUCAGAGGCAGCCUCUGUGUUUUCAGCCUCCCUCUUGGAACUUGAAAUGCAGCUUCUGCGUCCACUGAAUUUUUUGGAAUUUUCUGACCCACCUCUGCCAAACUCUACAAUGCAGAUGGGCCUGCAGGACUUGAAAACUCACUUGCUUGUGGUUUAAUGGGUUUAACAGUCUAGUAAAGGUAACUGCACAAGAAGGGAUCUUGCAUGCAGUUAAGAAGGAUGACACACAAUUAACAAGAGACUACUGUAUAUAUUAUAAUACUAAUUGGACAACUCUUCCCAAAACCGUAGAUAAUGUUACUUAUACAGAAUUGGAAUUCUUGACCCCCAAAUUGCUUUGCAGUCCAACAGAGGCCACCCGCGAGAUGGUCAAGGACAAAGCAAUUGUCGUGCUGCGGGGAAACUGCACUUUCUUGGAAAAGGCAGCGAUAGCUCAGAAUCUGGGUGCUAAAAUUCUGCUCAUUGCCAGUGAAACUGGUGUGAGUACUCCUUAUGGUAACAAGUCUGAAGAUAUUACUAUCCCAGUGGCACUUGUAAGAAAUGAGGACAUGAUUAAUUUGAAGCAGACUCUUGGAAGGAAUGUUAAUGUGGCCCUGUAUGCGCCCCCUGUGCCAGACUUCGACUACAGUAUGGUGGUCAUCUUUCUAAUAGCUGUGCUUUGUGUGAUCUUAGGAGGCUACUGGAGUGGCAUGGCAGAACUUGAACGCUUGAAGUUGGCCCCAGGCUCUAGAAGCCAUGAAUCAUCAAACAAUGAGGAAAACGUUACUUUAUCACCUCUGACGGUUGUUCUGUUUGUUGUCAUCUGUUGUGUUAUGCUAGUCUUGAUGUACUACUUCUAUAAAUAUCUAGUAUAUGUCGUCAUUGCAGUUUUCUGCUUGGCAUCUGCCGUGAGCCUGUACAACUGUCUUUCUGCCCUAAUUAGAAAAAUACCUUACGGAGAAUGCAGGUUUCCAUGCUGGAACAAAUCCUUUGAAGUGAGACUUCUUUUUCUUGCUGCCUUUUGCGCAGCCAUAUCCAUUGUGUGGGCCGUGUUUCGGAAUGAGAAUCGGUGGGCUUGGAUAUUACAAGAUAUCUUGGGGAUUGCUUUCUGUGUGAACUUUAUCAAGACACUCAAAAUGCCCAACUUCAAGUCAUGCGUGAUUCUCCUGGGCCUUCUCCUAUUGUAUGAUGUGUUUUUUGUCUUCAUCACACCAUUCAUUACAAAGAAUGGGGAAAGUAUAAUGGUGGAAGUGGCAGCGGGUCCGUUUGAAAGCAGCGAAAAGAGUGAUGGAAACUUGGUGGAAGCAUCUGCUGAGCGGUCAGCUCCUCAUGAGAAAUUACCGGUGGUCAUCAAAGUGCCCAGGCUUGAAUUUUCUGUCACAAUGUUGUGUUUGAUGCCAUUUUCAUUACUUGGAUUUGGUGAUAUUGUUGUGCCAGGUCUCCUGGUUGCCUAUUGUCACAGAUUUGAUGUUCAGACCAGCUCUUCCUCUGUGUAUUUUAUAUCCUGUACUAUAGCUUAUGCUGCUGGCAUGUUAAUCACGUUCUUGGGUCUGGCGCUGAUGAAGGCGGCACAACCGGCCCUUCUCUAUUUAGUGCCAUGCACGCUUCUUACCAGUGCAUUCGUUGCUUGGUACCGCAAAGAGAUGAAAAAAUUCUGGAACGGCAACAGUUAUCAGGUAAUGGACCCCAUGGAUUUUGCUGCAAAUGAAGAAAACACGAGAGCCGGUGAACAAAGGGAAGGACAAUAAUAGGGCACCUAAAAUAAUGAAUUACGAUUUUCUACUCAAAUACUGAAAAAGAGACUGAUAUAAUUUUUAAAUUGGAAUAUUUCUUACAGUUUAUAAUGAGAAGAAUGGCCUUUUUUAUACUUGCACAUAUAUUUUUGUGAAACAUUUCCUGUUGAUCUUAUCAGAAGGGUUGAACAUCUGAUUUUUCAAAGUGCCAAAAUAUCAUCAAUAAACCUGUGCCUUUCUUCACUUGAAAAGAG